CUCCUUCUUUCCUUAGCUGGUGACGCGCCGCUGCUAUUAAUCAUUCACCAGCCGGGGAGCAGCAAUUGCCGCCGCUCGGAGCGAGCGGCGCUGGCAGCCGCCUCUCUGCCGAUGCCCGCGUCCCGCAGCCGCCGCAUCCCUGACGGGAUGGUGCCCAGCGCAGCCGGCGGCGGACGCCUGCUGCUCUGAGCCGGGGCGGGGGGGUCCGGGCAGAGGAUGCUCCCCAAUGGCACCUGCCCCAGGCUUCCGGGCGGUGCAGGCAGCGACAGCGGCGACAGCGACAGCGGCGGCGGCAGCGACAGUGGUGGCGGCGGAGCCGGUGGCGCCUCGGAGGAGGCGGCGGCGGAGGGCAUGGACUCGGGCGGCAGGAAUUCCUCCGGCGCUCCGAACAGCACCCUGAGUGAGUCUCAGGGCAGCGCCAUCCUCAUCUCAUUCAUCUACUCCGUGGUGUGCCUGGUGGGGCUGUGCGGCAACUCCAUGGUCAUCUACGUGAUCCUACGUUACGCCAAGAUGAAGACAGCCACCAACAUCUACAUCCUCAACUUGGCCAUCGCGGAUGAGCUGCUGAUGCUUAGCGUCCCCUUUCUGGUUACCUCCACCCUGCUGCACCACUGGCCCUUUGGCUCCCUGCUCUGCCGCCUGGUGCUCAGUGUGGAUGCCAUCAACAUGUUCACCAGCAUCUACUGCCUGACCGUGCUCAGUGUGGACCGUUACAUCGCUGUGGUGCACCCCAUCAAGGCGGCCAGGUACCGCCGACCCACUGUGGCUAAGAUGGUCAAUCUGGGUGUCUGGGUACUUUCCAUCCUCAUCAUCCUGCCCAUCAUCAUCUUCUCCAACACAGCAGCCAACAGUGAUGGAACAGUGGCUUGCAACAUGCUCAUGCCAGAGCCCACCCAGAGAUGGCUGGUGGUCUUUGUGGUCUACACCUUUCUGAUGGGCUUCUUGCUGCCUGUGGUGGCCAUCUGCCUCUGCUACAUCCUCAUCAUUGCUAAGAUGCGCAUGGUGGCCCUGAAGGCUGGCUGGCAGCAACGCAAACGCUCAGAGCGCAAGAUCACCCUCAUGGUCAUGAUGGUGGUGAUGGUCUUUGUCAUCUGCUGGAUGCCCUUCUACAUUGUGCAGCUGGUCAAUGUCUUUGUAGAGCAGGAUGAUGCCACCAUCAGCCAGCUCUCUGUCAUCUUGGGCUAUGCCAACAGCUGUGCCAACCCUAUCCUCUAUGGUUUUCUCUCAGACAAUUUCAAGCGGUCCUUCCAGCGGCUGCUCUGCCUCAGCUGGAUGGACAACGCUGCAGAGGAACCCAUCGACUACUAUGCCACUGCCCUCAAGAGCAGGGCAUACAGCGUGGAGGACUUUCCCCCAGACAACUUGGAGUCAGGGAGCAUGUACAGGAAUGGCACUUGCACCUCCAGGAUUACCACCCUCUGAGGAAGCAUUCCUGUCCCCCACCUCCCUUACUGCCCCCCAGCUGGAGGGUGAGCGAAGCCAGGGCUGUGGCAUGGGGAGGCUGGGAGGGAGGGGAUUUUUGGUCCUGCCCACUGCCAGCAGUAUUUGGCACAAGAAAGAGCGAGGAAAACCCCAGAUUCUUGAUUUGCUGCCCCCCUGCAUCCUGGUUGCUGCCCUUGAAAGUGGGUGCAUUCUCUGAUGCUUUGACAUCCACUUAGUGAAUUGUGGCUCUCAUGGGUUAGGUUAGGGUCUGGUAGCCUGGCUAUGCCACUCCUCUCUGUGUCUGACAAAUGGCUGUAAAGGUCCUGCAGUGACUCUCCCUCCAUCUUUUGUACAGUUUGCUCUUCCCCUUGGCUGGUGGGACACACCCCAGGCCACUGAGUCGAGCCUGCCUCAUGUCAAGCCCCAGCAUUCAGGCUCAGACUCCCCCCAGCUGCAAAAGACCCUGCUCAACAUCUGUCAGUGCACAGCUCCCCUUCAGAGAUUAGAAAUGCUGGAAAAAUUCCCCCCAACACACACCUUGCCCUCCCCCAGGAAGGAGUGUGUAGCAUCUCUCUGCACCUACCCUUCCCUCCCCUUGGAAUAAAAAAGAAAGCAGGGAGCAAAAAGUCCCCAAGAAAGAAGCAGCAUAGUCACGGAGAUAUGUAUUUGCUUUGCAGACAGCUUCCAACUCACUGUGACUUUGGCUCUCUGUGCUUCUUGGCAGAAGCAGAGCAGGAAAGAUCUUAGAAAAGAUCUGAUUAUUGCUGUGCUUUGGAGCUGCGUGGCAGGUUGCUGAUAAUGGGAGAUAAGCAGUCCUGUGACACAUAGGGAGCAGAGAGCUGGGACUCACUGAGAUGGGAGCUGGGGGGACCGCUGAGCUGGGAAAUGUUUGAUUCUGUCCAAACACACAAUGAACUGUGUUGAUAAUAAAGUUUAAAGGGAGCACUAGUCUGUGAAUCUGCUGUGUUGAGCCUGCUCACACAUCAGCUGUGACACAGCCAUGAAGGGAGUUGAGACAGUUUUUGAAUGACCUGGGUGAUGGAAAAGUCACUUUAGCCUAUAUGGAAAAAGGGGGAGUCAUUUAAAAAUCUCCACCAGUCUCUGAAAUAAAUACUUGACAGAAAAAGUAGCUGUUCAGUAAUAGCUAUUACCCUAGCUCCAGUUUCUUCUGUUGCACUAAAAAAAACCCAAUAAAAUGGGUUUCAUAUGUUGCCAAUGUAAUAUACUGACCCAGAGCUUCUUAAUGUUUCAUUUCUGAGAAUUCUUGUUUUUAAUGUGUGCCAGAUGUCUUCUUGUUUAAUUUUUUAUUUGAUUCUAGUGUUGUGAACGUGUUUUUCUGAAGCAAUUUAUACUGUGUACUUACGUCUGUGGUGGCUACUUGCAAGGUUGCAUUUAAAAUGGCUAAUGCUCAAGAAGGCUCCUUUCCAGAUAAAAACAUUGUCAUUUUUUCUAACUCUUUCAUUUACAUUGUCUCCCCCACAGAAAUUCUCUCCUGAAUUUUCUCUCUUCUCCUCUUGUGACAAAACAAAUUUCAUAUAGAUGGAUGAAGCUUUCUUUGGUAAAUGACAGCUGAUCAAACUAAACCUUCUAUCCACCCCUCCUCCCUCUUACCCCACACAGAAGAGUCAGUAUGGACUGAGCUGAAAUAAGCAGCUACGUUUUUUGUUUUCUACCACCUAUGCUAAUAGUGUCACACAGUGGCAAAUGUCCCAGUAGCUGUGAGAAAUCACUUCUCUAGCACAAUACUGUGGUUGUAUUAAUUAUAACUACUGGCAAUUUCAAGCAAGAGACUGGAAAAAAUCUCUAGUAGCAGCAUACCCAUAGCAUUGUACUCGUAGCUGCAGUGCUUAAGUACAGUGUUAAGUGUAAGGUUGACAGUUAAGACAUCUAGUAUUUGUGGUGGUGGACUUACUACAGGUUUUUGUUAAAUUAUACCCUUUAACUUUUCUCAGCAGCAAAAAGCAGGAUGCUACUUUGUACAUUUCUUUCACCAAAACUUAGGUACUGUUAAAUGAAUGUAUAAAUUUAGUAUUUUAAAGUUGUCUGAUUCAAAGUCCAUCAAAAUGAGAGAAAAAAAAUCUUAAGUCACUUCAAUGGACUGUGAGUCAGGUCCUUUUAGUCUAAAAAUUGCUAAUGUGGAAACCGUUACAUCCUUAUUAAAAUAUUUCAUGAAAAGCUUUGACAAUUGUACAGUUUCUUUUCUUUUACUUCCUAGUGGACACAAUUUAAAGAAAACUUACAAAUACUAAAUUUUGUAAUGUUUUGUGUGUACAUAUGGUGAAAUAAGGAUGAAAUUGCUUUAUUAGCACAAUUAACUUUUCACAGAAAUCAAACAUCUGUCAAAACAGUAAAAUGCCCCAUGAUAUCCAUGAUGCUAUUUCCAGGGCUUCGCUUGAAUUUUCACUCACAAUAUCUUCAAGAUUGCAUAAAUCUCAUAAUCUUCUGUGGUCCUUUUCACUCAAGCAUAUUCUUAUGUAUGGUCAGAUUAAACAGAGAGUCAAUCGACUUUUCACUGUCAAAUUUGUUUAACAUCAGACACAAUGAAGCAAGAGUGAAAAAGCAUGAAGAUUCAUACUGCAUACUCAGUUUUGAUGAAAAGUUGAACUGGGUUUUGUUCUUUCAUUUUUUUUUCUCUUUGCCUUGUAAAGGUUGCGAUGGAAGCCUGCACACCUACCAGCAUAUGCACUUUGGUUUCAGUUCUGCCAGGCACAUCGCAGAGGUUGGGCUGGGGCUUCAGUAGAUGGCAGGCUUGCCUUCAGAUGGAUGGGCUGAUUCACUCCCAGCCAGCACUGCCCCUAUGGUUCCUGACUAAAACACUCUGUGUGGUUUCAGCUGGAAACAAAAUCUGUUUAUCCCAAACUAACAGUUGUUCCUGCUAUUUUUCACUCUGGGAGAGGUGAUCAACAGCAGUAAAUCAUUCAAUUUAGCUAGAAAGAAAGUUAGGUAGUUCAUUCUGUGUUACUAUUCUAAACAGUAGAACAUAACUACCAAGAAAAAAAGAUCUCAUGAAAUAAUAUGUACCAGAAAAUAAACAGAACUCUUUUUAAUGCUUUCCAAAUGGCAAAUAAGGGCAUUGAGAUUUCAUAUGAAAAUCAUUUCAAGUAAUGCCUAAUUCACUGAAAAAAAAGAGGGCAGUUGUUUACUUCUUGGUGACAUUUUGACUUGUUAUACAGCUGCAAGUGGGCGAAUUAAAAUUUGUAACCAGUAGUAAUUUUUUUCUUUUCCCCCCAUGAGUUCUGGUUUAUAUUUUAAAAUUUAUAUUUUAAUAUUUUAAAAAUAUUACAUUCACUUUGUUAUGGAAAUUGGCCUUGUAGCCACUGAACACAGGCAAGUUUUGCACUUUGUUGGCCUGAGGUCUAUACCCAGCAGUGGGACAGCUCUAAGCAGUAUCCAGUCAAUGGCCUGGACCGUUUCCUGUGGCAUGCAUCCCAGAGAACAGUCUUCACAUGGAACACACAUCAAUCAGGUGGGCAGCACACAGCAGCCACAGCAUUUCCCCGCUCAGACAAAGGUGCACAAGACAUCACUUCUUUUCCUCACCAGGCUUCCCAGCACAGUAGCAAAAUCAACACAUCUCAGAAUCCUGAGGCUGGCUGCUAUCUGCAGUUAGGGGACUUGAACAAGACUUGUCACAGAGGCAUUUUAUAUCUGGGCACUGCAUGAGAAAGGUGAUGGCUGCACACAGAUGUUCUGCCUCUUCAGAUGGUCCCUACAGCAGAGAACAUUACACAGAGUGUGGGGUUUUUUGCAUUUGACACUUAAAACCCCAUUUGAUUUCUUCACAGAGAAUGAGAAUCAGUUUUCUGAAUGUGUUGCAAGAUUUUCUGAAAUGCCAGCUUUCCAAUGAAUCAGAAUUUAAAAAAAGACUUUCUGGUUGUUUCUGGAAAUCCGCAUUUCUAAUGUAUGUGGCAUGUUCUAUUAACACUGUGACUAUUCACUCUAUUUUAACCUGUUUCCAAAAUCAGCAUCUUAAUUCUAAAUAAUAAACUAAGUCUUAUUGAAAUAAAAUAACCCAGUGAUGUAAUACAUUCAUGUUAUAUAAAGUUUGACCUUACUCUGCCAUAUUUCUAGAAUAGUGACAAUUUAAUGUCUUAUAGUCCUAAUUAAAAAAAAGAACCAAGAAAAAUAAUUUCAAAAAGUCAGAAGAAAUUAACCAAGAAAGAAAUAUCAAUCCAGUGUUCUAAACUCUGUGAUUUCAAUCCCUAGGAACCUUACUUGACACCAGGGCUCUACAGACAAGAAUGUGAAUUAUUAAUCUCUAGAGGAGAAUAAAAUAUUUCUACUGAAUUGUGUAUUCAGCACUUCCAUCCUCCUCAACAUAGCCUUAUUUUGCUGAUAACUUCAGGCUAAGCCAUGGGAAGAAAGGAUGGUUUAUUAAUUAGAUUUCUCUUUAAGAAAAGUGUUUUCAGAUAUUACAUUUUGUGGAGAGAAAUGGCAAGAAAAAUUGGUGAAUCUGAGAGUGUUUCAAAGUAUACCACUAGAAGGCUAGAAACCAAGACAGAUGCUUUCCAAUAAAAGUAAACUAUGCCCACUCCCUUCCAACUUUGUUUCUCCAAAAGCCUAAAAUCUGGGUUUGGCAGAGCAAUAAGUAGAUAUAAAACAGAGAUAGCAAGGUGAUGUAUCCUGCCUGAGGUAUACAUGUUUUUGGGUCCAGUCUGGAUGGAAUACAUUCGUCCUUAUAUGAUUAUCAUGUCUAUGAUGGGUAGAGUCACCUUAAAAGCUAUAAAAAUGUACAGAAAAUUCCUUUUAUUCUCCAUUCCUGUGCCCCCCCCACACCUAACCAAAAAAAAAAAAAAAAAGUAUUUUCAAUACAAGUUCUUACACUGUCUAAGAUGCCUAAGGGCUGCUUUUUGGGUUCUUGAGCUUCCUAACUAGAAAGGCUCAGAUAGAAGUGCUCAAAUUCACUGCAUAGGGAGGUUGUAGGACAACAAUUACCAGAUUUCUGACUUGGGAUCUGAAAUGUGUUGCAUUUAUGACUUGCAACUGGGUUGCAUUGUCUCCACUUCCAUCAUCCAGUUGGUGAUGGUGCUGUUGUCAAUGCAUGUGUCAGGCCUCCCAUCCCAGGGAAAGCUUCUGAACAGUGCUGCACUGCACUGCUCUUCCUAAAGCUGAGAAACGCCAGGCAACACCAGCCGCUGCCACGGGCUGAGUACGGCAAAAGCUCGGCUCAUUCACACAGCACUUGCCCAUGCUCAGAUUCACAAUGGAAAGCCCAAAGGAUUGCUGGUCAACUGGAGAGGUACAAAAAGUGGCAAAGCAGGAUAUUUGGGGGAUAUAAAAGAAGGCAAAACUGGUGGAUAUUUGAUACUGAGCAGACUGAGAGAGAAGGAAUCUGAAACGGAGAAAAAUCAAGUAUGUGAUGGCCAUUUUGUUAAGAACAGUGGAAAAUAAGUAGAGUGCAGUCCAGGCAUUGUAAAGCAGGACUUGGCUCUUUCACAUAACUAAUUUUCACUGUUUAAAAUACAGCAAAUAUGUGAACUUUCAACUCACCAAUAAAUAUGAAGUUGUGCUUUUUAUGUCAGCUGCUGUUUUCAAAGCUGGCUGUUAUUUUUGAAGGUUAUAAAGCCUCUAGACAUUUUUUCUAAGAACUAAAUGACAAUUUAGGUCCUUUAUGGAAUUACUAGAAAUUCAGGAAAACAAGGCAGAAACAGAUAGAUAAUAAAAUUUUCUGAAUGUUAAUUUAACUUGGAUUUUUUCAGACGCUUUGAAUUUCACAGACGUUUUCCUUUAUCAUUAAAAUAAAGUCUUAACCAUUUUUUGCUCAACACAAACCAAGAAGAAUCCCAUAUUGACAAGACAGAAAUUGAAUACAGAAUAAUUUUCAGUGCUCUUUUACCAUCAUAAAGUAAAAUUUACAGAAUUUCUUACUUGAAAAGAAUCUUCAGUACAAUGACUGGGAAAAAUCCUUUCCCUUAGAGAAAUAUAUACUUGUAAGAAUGAAAGGUAAUGUAACACAUUCCUCUGUACAGACAUUAUGGACUUAGAUCACUUAAAAUCUCACUCAAGCUAUCUGUACUUAUGAUCUUACGUUAUGUUCCAGAGAACAGUGUAAAUUCUUAUCAACUAAAAACACAAGGCCUACUGGUUAUAUUCCAAAAACAAAAACAUGCUUUUAUGACAGGUUAUAGCCCAUGUGCUGCUCCUGGUUUAAUGACUGAAAAUGCUUAUUUGUUUGCAAUCCACCACAUUUUGAGUAACACCUGAAAACAUAUGCAGCAAGAUGGUUACGACAGAUAUACAUCCUGGUAAAGAUGGGUGCUUGCCUGUCUCACCUUUCCCUCCUCAGCUCCUCAUCUCUGUGGACCUGCAGUUUCUUUCUCUUAUAUUAUCCAUAAAAUACAUCAUAGUAGUUGUUUUCCCAUUUUUCUGGCUCAGAAUGCAAAAGGACUGGCAAGUGGAAGGAGGGGGAGGACAUAACAAAUGCAGGACCACCACCACACCUCUGCAUUCCGCAGCUCCACUGCUGCCUCCAGCCCACCUCCAGUACUGUGUUCUCCUCUGGGGCUCCCAACAUAAGAAGGAUGUGGACAUGCUGGAGUCCAGAGGAGGCCACCAAGAUGAUCAGAGGGUUAGAACAGUUCUCCUACAAAGACAGGCUGAAAGAGUUGGGGUUGUUCAGCCUGGAAAAGAGAAGGUGUCCAGUACCUACAAACAACCUUCCAGUACCUACAAGAAAGCUGAAAAAGAGCAUUUUCCUAGGGCUUGUGGUGAUAGGCCAAAGAGGAGUGGCUUCAAAGAGGGUAGGCAUGGAUUAGGUAUGAGGAAGAAAUUCUUUGCUGUGAGAGUGAUGAGACAGUGGACCAGUUUGCUCAGCAAAUUUGUGAAUGCGCCAUCCCUUGAAGUGUUCAAGGCCAGGCUGGAUAGGGCUCUGAGCAACCUGGUCUAGUGGAAGGUGUCCCUGCGCACAGCAUGGGGGUGGAACGAGAUGAUCUUUAAGGGUCCCUUUGAACCCAAACCAUUCUAUGAUUCUGUGAUUCUAGUCAGCAAUACAGAAAAGGGAAAAGACUUGCUAACAGAUGACUCUCUUUACACAUCCACCUUCAAGUCUUCCAGUCCCAAACUACAAGCCCAGAAGACAAAGACAAGGCUGCAUAUUGGAGAAAGAAGAAAAGACAUUAAUUUUAAUGUUUUGAAGCCCUGGGAAUGUGGUUACUUCUCUGUUGCUGUGUUGUGUUUGCCUUUUGAGUCAAUUAUGUAUCUUUAGUGAAAUAUAUGAAUCGGCACACUGCAGUCUUGGUAAGUGUCCACAUACUGAAGAAAUAAAUAAUAUUAUUUCUAAAAGGAAUUACAUUGCAUCUACCAGUGAUUGACCUCCAUGUAAUAACUGAGGAAAGAUAACUGGGAUUUAAAACAUGAAAAAAAUAAAGUGAUAGGAAAUUUCCAGGGAAAUCACAGAAUCCAUUAGACUUUUAAUAUUCUUUAAUCUAUAUGAUACACAAGGAGAAAUGUCAGAAGUACUCAAAUUUUUCCCAUGUCCUCUUAUCCAAUGCCAUAGAGCACCUAAUUAAGCCCUUAGCAGCAUAAAUAAUUAUUUUUAAAAAUAUGUAGAAAUUAAAAUUUUAUUUCUGAUUAUUUAAUGAAACAAACAAUUAAAAAUUCAUCAAUUUUUCAUAAAUAAAAUGUGCAGCUGAAAAAUUAUAUGCCUACCAGUCAAACUAUCUUUGAAAGAAUUAAGGAAAUCCAAAAUUGGCAACAUGGGACACUUUUUGUAUAACUGUGAUAGACAAGAGAUCUGGACAUUCCUAUUCUUUGCAGGAAUCAUUUUCAAAUGUAGACUAACAGUUUCUUGCUAUCACCGUUUCAUUACAUAUGUAAACAUUGCAAAAUUCACAGUUACAAAGUUUAUAUGUGAUUUAUAUGGUUCAAUAUGGGAUGAAAUAAUAUUUUUUCCUAUGCUGGAAAAACAGUUGGAAUAUAAUAUGCUUAUAUAAUGUUUAAUCAAUGGACAUGUAUGCAACAUGAGAGAACAGUCAAGAUUUGUCUUUAUCCUUGCUGUGUCUUGGAAAAAUACUUGCAUGUGAUUAUGUGUUUUUUAUAUGGUGUUACAUAUAUUUUUUUAAAAAAUUGCAUCCACUUUCAUAACCACUUUUAUUAUCUCAGUA